AUGGUCACUUCAACCGCUGAAGGGCCUCUGCGCACCCUGCCCGUACCCAUACCCAUAGCCGACAUUUACCAUGGGCCGUCGACCUCGAGUGCUAGCUCCUACUCGCACGACACUGGCAUGGAAGCCAGUGACCAACACCACCAACACGAACACCCCAGACCAACAACCGCAAACCCAUUCCGGCGAGACCGCAGCGCGAGCACCUCUCUACCAUGGAAGCGCCGACCGAAAUCCCUCGUCCUGGGCGACGGCGACAUUCUUGACGGCCUGGGCGAGCUGGCCAUCGAAGAGAGCCACGAUGUAAACAAUCAUGAGCCUAGGCCGUCCACAUCGUUCAAGGGCAAGUUCCGCCGCGCCUCCGUGAGUUUGAUGAAAGGCAUCGUGGGCCGUGAUCGCCGUAGCUCAGAGCCCGCCGUCGACUACCACGAAUACCGACCGACCACUGCCCAUUCGGCAUGGAACAGAUUGCGACAGGCUACCAGUUUCCGACACUCGAGAAGCUCGUACGGAGACCGCAGCGGCCUGGAAACCAUCUACUCCCCCCACGAGUCCGAGUUUCCCGAUCUUCCUGUGCCCGGCCACGGUCUGGCACCUCCCAUCAUCCCCCACCACACGGGCGGUGCCGCCAAAGCUGCCGCCGCCAUGCAGAACGAAUAUUUCGCCUUUGCGCGGCAGCAGCAGGAGUGGCUAUCGACCGACGAGUUGAAUGAUCGUGAGAGCGGUAUCGGUAUCGCCCUCACGGCCACCGAGUCUCAAAGCGGCUUUCAGGAGGAGCAAGACCCUUCCAUCGUCAGAACAGAUUUCAUAGCCCACCUACCUUCGGAGCUUUCUGUGCAGAUUCUCGCACAUCUGGAUGCCGCCCAGCUCAGGGCGGCAGGCCAGGUAUCUCGGCUAUGGUAUCAGGUUGUACAGGACCAGCACAUCUGGCGUCGAUCUUUCCUGAGGGAGAAGACCAGCACGUAUGCCACGAGCCUCCCUGUCCAGCCGGGCACGGGGUGCGGUGUACCCACAAUCCGACCUGGUAUGGACUGGCAGAAGAUAUAUCAAGCACGUGACGAGCUCGACAGGCGCUGGCAGAUUGGGCCGCAAGCGCGUGCAACCUACUUGAACGGUCAUCUCGACAGCAUUUACUGCUUGCAGUUUGAUGAAAACAAGAUCAUCACUGGCUCUCGAGAUAAGACUAUUCGAAUUUGGGACAUGCGUACCUUGCAGUGCCGCCUUGUCAUUGGGCCCCCCGAAGUCGUCAACGAGACCUCGAUCCUGUUCGACCCGAAUGGCAAGCCCAUACACUAUGCGUCGUCCACCACCAACGAGCGGACCAAUCCAUCCGUGCCCGUCACUGUCUCCUUCCCGACUCACCACAAGGCCUCCAUCCUGUGUCUCCAGUAUGAUGACGACAUACUCGUGACCGGCUCUUCGGACUCAACCUGCAUUGUGUAUAAUGUACGCUCAGGGUACAGGCCCGUUCGACGCCUUCAGCACCACACGGCAGCUGUCCUGGAUUUGGCGUUCGAUGGCAAGCACAUCGUGACGUGCUCCAAAGAUGUCACUAUCUGCGUCUGGGAUCGCGAAACAGGCGCUCUUCUGAAGCAGCUGCGAGGCCACAGUGGGCCCGUCAACGCGGUGCAGCUGCGUGGAAACACCAUCGUCUCUUGCUCUGGUGACUUCCGAGUGAAGCUCUGGAACAUCGACAGCGGCAAGACAAUUCGCGAAUUCGCAGGUCAUACUAAGGGUCUCGCCUGCAGCCAAUUCUCCGAAGAUGGUCGAUAUAUCGCAUCUGCCGGUAGCGACAAGAUGAUUCGCAUCUGGGACGCCAACACGGGCGAGUGCAUUCGCGAGAUUCAGGCUCACGACAUGCUCGUGCGCAGCUUACAUAUCGAUAGCGUCAGUGGACGCCUUAUCAGCGGCAGCUACGACACUGACAUCAAGGUCUUCGACAUGGAGACGGGAGAGCAGCGACUAGACUUCCCUCGAUGGCACGCUAGCUGGGUCCUCAGUGCCAAGAGCGAUUAUAGACGCAUCAUCAGCACCGGGCAAGAUCCCAAGAUCCUCAUCUUGGAUUUCGGCGCCGACGUCAACAACAUUGGAAUGCUUGAGAGCGCUCGAAAGUACGAGGUAGCUUGCGAGGCAGGCUUCAUAUAA